UGUUGUCACAGAUGCAAUUUUUGGAUGCCUAUCCUUAUCUACCAUAUAGAAGAAGAUGUGACUUGAACACAUAGAAACGACUAUUGAGUUUGUAAAGCAAUUAUAAACGAAGCGAGGUCGCUAGAAAUGAAACAAAUGAUGCUCCUAAGUGCUUUGCUGUUUGUGGUGGCAGAGGACGCGACAGCCGAAUUGAGAGAUAUUUCUUUUGAAGAGCGUAUGCAGGCAAUCAUUAGAAACGAAACUGAGUUAAUGCGACAGGAAUUAGAAAAAAUGAAUGAUAUCAUGCACGAAACAAGACAUGAAUUAGAAAUGUUGAGACAGGAGAAUGCACUACUGCACGAGAUGUGUAAGGCAACAACAAAUGAAAACGAACUUCGGGUCAAAAGACAACACGUCCAGUCGGUGGCUUUUCAUGCUUAUCAGAGUGGCAACAAGUGUAUUCAGAACAUGCAGACUUUCGUUUACGAGCAGGUCUUGCUCAAUGACGGCAAUGGUUAUUCAACUCGCGACGGAAUAUUCGACCCACCAGUGAGCGGAGUGUACGUCUUCACGUGGUCGAUUGCAGACCAUCACGAUUGGUAUGCUGCUGAGCUGGUAGUGGACGGAGUAUCGCGUGGUGCAACCAUAGCUGACAACGACACUGAUGAUACGGCAGUUGGUACAGCCGUUGUGGUGCUGUACGUACGCGCGGGUUCGCAUGUGUUUGUGCGCCGCUCAGCUGGAAACGGGUGUACAGUGUUAAAUGAAGAUAAUCUUGCCAGGAAUUCAUUCUCCGGCUGGCUGCUGUAUCCUUGAUACAUGUUUCAAGCGUCAGUACACUCAAGUUAAUAAAGCAACAUGAAAAAUA